AUGGCCGAUCGUCAGCAACAGUACCCGCCGUUCCAGCCGCACCAACGCGGAGGAGGAGGAGCAGGUCGCGGAAGAGGCGGUCCCCGUGGUCGAGGUGCCCCGGGAGGUCCUCGCGGUUACGUCAAUGGCGGCGGCCAGCCGCGCUAUCCCAAUCAGUACCAUCAGAACCAGAGUGGUGGCGGGUAUGAAGGUGGUAACGGCGGCGGCGGAAACUGGCGUAAUGGUAACGCGAGAGGGGGUUGGAAUCGGCCCCAGAACAAUGGCGGCCAAGGUUACGGUCAGCAGAGGCAACCUCGGGGUAGUCCGCAGUUGAACGAAGUGGUUAGUGAGCAACCUCCGGUUGCGGAGCAACCGGAAGUGAGAGUUGACGCCGUCGCGGAUCAACAGCCGGUUCAGCGGAACGCGCAAGCGGCCGGGGAUCGUGGAGGUCGUGGAACGAUGCGUUCGGGACGGGCGAUUCCGGAUGUGGUGAGGACGCGGGCGGCGGAUUGUCAGGUGACGAAGCACGGAUCGUCGGGCAGGCCGAUUGCGCUCACGGCGAACUACUUCCGGGUGAUGCAUACCGACGGGGAGGCCAUGUUCAUGUACCGGGUGGACUUUGUGCCGGACAUUGAGAGCGUGCGGGUGAGGAAGGCGUUGAUGCACCAGUUGAAGCCGACGCUCGGGGCGAUCCUGUUCGACGGGGGCUCGAUGUUCAUGAGUCGGGACAAGACGCGGAACGACGAGAGCGAAAUUACGACGAAGGAACUGCAGAGCCAGCAGGAUUACCUUGUUAAGAUCAAGAAGGUCGGUACGAUCGACUGGACGUCAGAGAUGGCACUGACUGUGCUCAACCUGAUCAACCGACGAGGUAUGGGAGGUCUCCGUCUGCAGCAGAUCGGCCGGAACUUUUUCGAUCCCAACGGGAAGGUCCGGAUCGCCGAGUUCGGGCUGGAACUCUAUCCCGGCUACAUCACCAGCAUCCGCCAGCACGAGCAGGACAUCCUGAUGUGCGCGGAGGUGACGCACAAGGUCAUGCGCGAGGACACCUGCUACGGGAUCCUGCGCAGCUGUAUGGCCAACGGGGGCAACUGGCAGGCGGACUUUACCCGCGCGAUCCUGGGAACGGUGGUGAUGGCGACCUACGGCCGGAACAGCACGUACACGGUGAACGAUGUGGAGUUCAACACGACGCCGGAGCACUCGUUCGAGACGGCGAACGGGCGGAUGACGUUUUUGGAGUACUACCGGAAUCAGUACAAUAUCGUCAUUCGGGAUCCGAGGCAGCCGAUGUUGGUGUCGCGGGCUAGGGCGCGGGAUAUUAGGGCGGGGAGGCCGGAGCUGUUGUAUCUGGUGCCGGAGCUGAUGCGGGCGACCGGACUGACGGACGAGAUGCGGAGGAACUUUACCCUGAUGCGCGCCUUGGCGGACCACACCCGGCUGACGCCGGACCGGCGCAUGCAGCGCCUGGAGGCGUUCAACCAGCGCCUCCAGCAAACCCCCGAAAGCAUCGAGAUCUUCCGCUACUGGAAGACGGAACUGGACCGCCGGCUGGUGGAACUCCCGGGCCGCGUUCUGCACCCCGAGAAGAUCCUGUUCCACGAGCAGCAGCUGAACAUGUGCGUAACUCCGGACGCGUCCGCCGAGUGGCAGAUGGCCUUCCGGAACAACCAGAUGUACCGCUCGGAGCGGCUCCAGAACUGGUUCCUGAUGGUUCCUCGUAGCUGGGACCGGCUCGUGCCGGGGUUCGUCGAGUGUCUGCGGCAGGCCGCCCGCGGAAUGCGCUUCGAGGUGGCCGAUCCCCAGCUGAUCCGCAUCGACAACGACUCCCCGAUGGCGUACGUGUCCGCGCUCAACCAGAUCGUCAACCGUGACCCGCAGCUGAUCAUGUGCAUCGUGAGCAACGACAAGGCGGACCGCUACGCCGCGAUCAAGACCAAGUGCUGCGUCGAGCGGGCGAUCGCCACCCAGGUCAUCAAGGCCAAGACGAUCACGCCGAAGGGUGGCAACGUGCGCACGUUGAUGUCCGUCGCGACCAAGGUCGCCAUCCAGCUGAACUGCAAGAUCGGUGGAAUCCCGUGGAUCGUGACGAACCCGCUCCGUUCCGUCAUGGUGAUCGGGUUCGACGUCUGUCACGACACCCGGAACCGAUCGCGCUCGUUCGGAGCCCUCGUAGCGACCAGCUACCACGAGUCCAUGAAGCACCCCCGGUUCUUCUCCACCGUCAACCACCACUCCGCCGGCGAAGAACUCUCCAACUACAUGGCCCAGAACGUCGUCAAAGCGCUCCGUGCCUACCGCGACGAGUUCCAGAACCUCCCCAACCGGAUCAUCAUCUACCGCGACGGCGUCGGCGACGGCCAGCUCAAGUACGUCCACGACCUAGAAAUUACCUCAAUCAAAGAAAAGCUCAAACUCAUAACCAAAGACGCCCCCACAACCCCCAAGCUGACCUUCCUCGUGGUCAGCAAGCGCAUCAACACCCGGCUCUUCCACGACAAGCGCAACCCCGUGCCGGGAACGAUCGUCGAUGACGUCAUCACCCUCCCGGAACGGAACGACUUCUACCUGGUGUCGCAAAGUGUCCGCCAGGGAACCGUUUCCCCCACCUCGUACAACGUCCUGUACGACGAGUCCGGACUCACCGCGGAUCAGCUGCAGGUUUACACCUACAAGCAGACGCACCUGUACUACAACUGGUCCGGAACGGUGGGCGUGCCGGCGGUUUGUCAGUACGCCCACAAGCUGGCGGCACUGGCCGGACAGCAUCUGCACCAGGCGCCGCACAGCGAUCUGGAGAAGAAGCUCUACUAUUUGUAGGGUUAU